CCUUGGAAUCGACACCGUGGAAUCGAUUUCUGCCGGCGAAACUAUGGCGGAGCCGGAGCUGCUGCUGGACUCGAACAUCAGGGUGUGGGUGGUGCUGCCCAUCGUGCUCAUCACCUUCCUCGUGGGCAUCAUCCGCCACUACGUGUCGCACCUGCUGCACUCCGACAAGAAGGUAGAACUCGAGCAGGUCUCCGACAGUCAAGUCCUGUUACGAAGCAGAAUACUCCGAGAGCAUGGGAAGUACAUCCCGCGGCAGUCGUUCAUCAAUCGCAAGCACUACUUCAAUGACACCGAAACAGGCUUUUUUAAGAAAACCAAGAGGAAGACCAUCCCUAAAAACCCGAUGACAGACCCAAGCAUGCUGACCGACAUGAUGAAGGGAAACUUCACGAACGUGUUGCCCAUGAUUGUCAUCGGUGGCUGGAUCAACUGGACCUUCUCCGGCUUCGUGACCACAAAGGUGCCCUUCCCGCUCACGCUUCGCUUCAAGCCCAUGCUGCAGCGCGGAAUUGAGUUGGUGUCGCUGGACGCGUCGUGGGUGAGCUCAGCGUCGUGGUACUUCCUGAACGUGUUUGGGCUGCGCAGCAUGUACUCCCUCAUCCUGGGACAGGACAACGCUGCUGACCAGGCCCGGAUCAUGCAGGAGCAGAUGUCUGGUGCUGCCAUGGCUAUGCCCCCUGACCCCAACAAGGCAUUCAAGGCCGAGUGGGAGGCCCUGGAGAUCACGGAGCACAAGUGGGUGCUGGAGACUGUGGAGGAGGAGCUCAUGGCCAAGGACCUGGUGCUGGACGGACUCUUCAGUGAAGAGCGAGAGCCCGUCAUGUUCUGAGACUCGUCCUGCACGCACACCCUCCCGCAGAGCACAAACUUUCCAUACUCGACAUUCUGGCUGGGCUACACCAUGGGUGGUGACUCUAAAAAGGUUAAUUAGUUUUAUUUAUUCUACAUCAAUAAAUGCCCGCUUUUCCUGUGGAAUUACACGUGAACAGCAGAUGUUAAAAUAGGUUAUUCUGCUGCUGUGUUCUGAUGGUACUUUGCCAUGAGUUGUAGGGACACGCAAGUGUUUUUUUUUAAGAUCGCGCUUCAUAAAGUCUUUGCAGAAAGUUCCAAAUGUUUUUUUUCACAUUCGUGGUUUUUUAGUGCUACUCUGUCUUGAUAUCGUUUCUCAUGCAAGUAAUGGUUAGUGAGAUGAAUGCAGCUUUAUUUAUGUAGGUGUGUUUGUGACCUUUCAUGAAGUAAUCUACUCUGCGUUGUCUGGCGUAUGGAAUGCGGCCUUGUAGAAAUUACCAGCAAAUGAGUGAAGGUGUCCAGAUGUCCCCCCCAACACGGGCCAUUUGGCCUGAUAGUGAUGGGUCCCUGUGUGCGUUGAUCUUGAUGUCAAUCUGGUAACAGCCAAAUUAUCGCGUCGGUUAUAUUGCCCAUUCGACCCUGAUUGAACGGCCAAUGGACAAGGCAGUGCUCGUUGAGAGAAAUUGCAUGGCUUCGCUCGUACAGUUGAGUUGAUCACAGUAGAAGCUUGUAUAGUUCUUUAAGAUUAAUGAUGUAAAUUGAUGUCUCUUUCUUUGGCUCAUUGUACUUAUUGAUGGAUCGCAUGAUGGAGUAGUGUGGGUCUGUCUACCUCUCAUGUGGGUGGCCUAGAAGAAUUUCCCAAUUGCCCGUCAAAGAGGAAGGCCUUUCACCUGCGUGUUGUCAAACACUCCCAGCACCAGUUAGCAAAUCUUUAUUUUUAAGAGAUUAAUACCUAAUAUCUGUGCAAACUAUGCCAACUUUUUCUUCAGAUUUUAUUGUUGAGCCACCACAAUGCAAAAUAUUUCCAAGAUGAGUUGGUUGUUUGCCUUGCCUCUGAAGGUCCAUUUCUUGAAACAUUCGUCAUUUGCUGCCAGUAAAUGCACACCUUUAACCUUGCGACUUUGCGAUUGAGUUGUUUGAUCACUAAAAAAAUGACUCCUAGAGGGGUCUUUCCUGUAGAGCGGUGAUGCAUAUAAAAAAAAAUCAGUCUUGUAUACUCCUUGAGGCUUUCCCAGUUAACAAUUUCAACUGGUCUUGGUUUUUAAUCUAUGGCAUUUUCAUUUGUGUGUAUGAUAGUCUUGAGUUGAGUAAUUUUAGACUGAGAGAUGUGCAAGACAGCUUGUUUGUUUCAAGGACGGUGUGGAGAACACGAUGAUGGAGGUGUACAGAUGUAGAACAUACAAUAAUUUAAAACAUGUGCAAGACUAGAAUAAAAAAAAUAGUAACGUAAUAUUGUUGCAUGGUAUAGUGAUAACAUGGGCAUCGAGAUGCGCUAAUUGGCAAGGUGAUGCAUCACAAGGAUGAAGUGAUGAGCAAAUGUAAACAAAGACGUGCAAAUGGUCAACAAAAAACACUGACAAGGGGUUAAGCCAGUUACAAAAUAUUUUGCGGUGUUAAACGAGGAAUGAUCAAAAGCAUGACUUAUGUAAAAUCUACACAAGCAGAACAAGCUUGGUACAACACCGUUUGAGAAGCCACUAGAAAUUCAGCUCAGUGUAAACCCAACGAUGCGUUCCCACUGGAGUGAUUGUGUGAGAGGGCUGCGAUUGUGAACUUGGUAAUGCAAGAGGCUUAGCUAUGAAGUCUCGUUCCGAUUUCCCUGAAGAAUGCGUGAAAGGUGCAUGACUUAAGAGGCGUAGAUUGUAAAGAACCUUGCACUAGUAAGAGCUAUUGCCAAGACAACACCGUGAAUUAUUUUGCAACGCAGUUCUCCGCCCCAGCCGGGCCGGUGGUGGGCAGACGUGUUUCUAAAUACGAACUGUGGCGCUCGGGUGGUGUGCGAGCUGGGAUCCAGACUGCCGGCUGCCUUGUGCCUGACCCCUCGCCCGAGAUGGAAGUGUGCAUUCUGAGAUGACUAAUGAAAAGUUACGUAAAUAAAUAUGACUGCUGUG